GCGUAGGUCUCUCUCACGCAGCUCGACUGUCAUGGCGGAGACGUAGCGGAGUAGGAGCUGAUUCAGGAAGAGAUGGCGCUGUAAAGUGGGUUACUGUACAAACUUCACUCCAAUAGUUCUCGUAGGGACCAAGAGGACUGUAUCCCUUUGGAGGAACCCGUUAGAGUCGAUGUUGGACUUGCAUUUGCCUUACAUUUUAUAGUUUUUGCUGUCUAGUUCCUGUCGGUGUGGUCUACCUGCGCGGAAUCUUCUCUUCAGCACCGCGUUUCCUGUUUGACAAACACUCACAAACCCUGAAAGGACAUUUCCCACGAAUUUAUUUCCUUUUUAAGACCAUCGUGGAUUGACAGGGAUUGGCUUUUUCAUCAUCUUGGAUCACCACAGCGUGGAUUUAUCCUCCUCUUGUUAAGUUUGUAGCUGUUCUGUGUCUAUAGUGGAAUAAUUCCUGUCAGGCAGGUGUAGUGAGGGCAACCGACAUUUCGCCGUGAAUGGAGACCAGGAGCUGUUGUUCGCACCUGUCAAAUUAACACGCGGAAAGGGGUUUUCCCCGAAUAGUUUUUCCAUAGAUUUAACUCGUUUUGAGUGUCGGUAGGGUUAAACAGGUGUCCCACCUGUUCCCCUCUCACCUGGCUGAGUCAUGGCGAGCGCCGGUGACAGCGCUGUCGGGAUACCGAUCAGAGGUAUCCGCAUGAAGUUCGCUGUUCUGGCGGGGCUGCUGGAGGCUGGAGAAGUCUCCAAUCGGGACACAGUGGAGACGAUCUUCAAUCUGUUGGUCGGGGGGCAGUUUGACCUGGAGAUGAACUUCAUCAUUCAAGAGACGGAGAGCAUCAUCUGCAUGGUGGAGCUGCUGGAUAAGUGUGACUCCACGUGCCAGGCGGAGGUGUGGAGCAUGUUCACGGCAGUGCUGAAGAAGAGUUUACGUAACCUGCAGGCCUGCACUGAGGUCGAACUCAUCCAGCUUGUGCUUCAGCGCAUAGACCAGGUGGACGCUAUGAUCGCAGAUCUGUUGGUGGACAUGCUGGGUGUGCUGGCCAGCUACAGCAUCACAGUAAAGGAGUUUAAGCUGUUCUUCAGUAAACUGAAAGGAGAACAAGGCCAAUGGCCACCCCACGCUGUCAAGCUACUGUCUGUGUUGAAGUCCAUGGCUCACAGAAAUGGCCCAGAUUCGUUCUUCAGCUUCCCAGGGAAGAGUGCUGCGGCCAUUGCUCUUCCUCCCAUUGCAAAGUGGCCACACCAGAACGGCUUCACCUUCCACACCUGGCUGCGCCUGGACCCUAUCAAUAACAUCAACGUUGACAAGGACAAGCCUUAUCUCUACUGCUUCCGCACCAACAAAGGUUUGGGCUACUCGGCACACUUUGUGGGAGGUUGUCUAGUUGUGACCUCUCUAAAGUCCAAAUCCAAAGGCUUCCAGCAUUGCGUGAAGUACGACUUUAAACCCCAGAAGUGGUACAUGGUGACCAUAGUGCACAUCUAUAAUCGCUGGAAGAACAGUGAACUUAGCUGCUAUGUCAAUGGAGAGUUGGCAUCCUAUGGCGAGAUCACCUGGUUUGUCAACACAAGUGAUACAUACGACAAGUGUUUCCUGGGCUCGUCAGAGACGGCAGACGCUAACCGUGUGUUUUGCGGUCAGAUGGGGGCCGUGUAUCUGUUCAGUGAAGCUCUCAGCGCCGCUCAGAUAUUGGCCAUCUAUCACCUGGGACCUGGAUACAAGGGCACGUUCAAGCACAAGGCCGAGAGUGACCUGAUGUUAGCGGAACACCAUAAGAUGCUGCUGUAUGAUGGAAAGCUGUCCUCCUGUAUCUCCUUCACCUAUAACCCCCGAGCCACGGAUGCUCAGCUGUGUCUGGAGUCAUCGCCCAAGGACAACGUCUCCAUCUUUGUGCACUCGCCACACGCCCUCAUGCUGCAGGACGUCAAGGCUGUGGUGACGCACUCGGUCCAGAGCGCCAUUCACUCUGUAGGAGGAGUUCCAGUGCUCUUUCCCCUGUUUGCACAGCUGGAUUACCUCCAGCACACUGGAGACAAGCUGGACACCUCCGUCUGUUGCACACUACUGUCAUUCGUGAUGGAGCUGUUAAAGGGCUCUGUUGCUAUGCAAGAGCAGGUGCUGGCCUGCAAGGGCUUUCUCGUCAUAGGUUACUCACUGGAGAAGUCUUCCAAAGUACACGUGACCCGACCCGUGCUGGACAUAGUCCUUGCCUUUGCCCGUUACCUUAGCAACCUACCCACUGGUGUCUUGUUGCUGAAACAGCUGUGUGACCACAUCCUGUUCAACCCCACCAUCUGGAUCCACGCCCCAGCUAAAGUGCAAUUGGUUCUUUACACCUACCUAGCAACUGAAUUCAUCAGUACCGUCACCAUCUACAACGCCAUCCGCAGAGUUGGAACGGUACUGCAGGUCAUGCACACGCUCAAGUAUUUCUACUGGGUUGUAAACCCAUUGGACCGCAGCGGGAUCACACCCAAGGGUCUCGAUGGCCCUAGACCCAAUCAGAAGGAGAUUCACUCUCUCCGAGCAUUCCUACUGCUGUUUGUCAAACAGCUCAUAAUGAAGGAUCACGGCAUAAAGGAAGAUGAACUACAGAGUAUUCUCAACUACCUGCUCACAAUGCAUGAGGAUGAUAAUCUGAUGGACGUUCUCCAGCUUCUGGUAGCUCUGAUGUCCGAGCAUCCUGGCUCAAUGGUUCAAGCCUUUGACCAGAGGGACGGAAUACGGGUCAUCUUUAAGCUUCUGGCGUCCAAAAGUGAAGGAAUUCGCGUGCAGGCGCUCAAAGUCUUGGGCUACUUUCUCAAAUAUUUGUCACCAAAGAGAAAGUUGGAGGUCAUGCUGGGUCACGGCCUGUUCUCUCUGCUCACCGAGCGAUUGAUGCUCCACCCCAGCCAGUUCACUGUCACAACAUACAAUGUGCUGUUUGAGAUUCUUACGGAGCAGAUCUGUACUCAGGUCAUUCACAAACAGCACCCAGACCCUGACUCCACCGUCAAGAUUCAAAACCCACAGAUCCUGAAGGUGAUGGCUGCGCUUUUGAAGAACACUCCUCCAGGAGCCGAGAGCAUGGAGGUACGACGGAUCUUCCUCUCGGACAUGAUCAAACUUUUCAACAACAGCAGAGAGAACCGCAGGAGUCUGCUGCAGUGCUCGGUCUGGCAGGAAUGGAUGCUGUCUCUGUGCUUCAUAAACCCCAAGAACAGCGAGGAGCAGAAGAUCACAGAGAUGGUGUACGCCAUCUUCCGCAUCCUCCUUUAUCAUGCCAUUAAGUACGAGUGGGGUGGCUGGCGCGUGUGGGUGGAUACACUCUCCAUCACACACUCCAAGGUCACUUUUGAGCAACACAAAGAGAAUCUGGCCCUUAUGUUUCGAGAGUACCAGAGGAUGGGUUCUGAAGGAUCUGACAUCAGAAUAAGAACGAUCUCUGGGGUCAGCCAGGAUUCUGAGCUCCGUGUCUCUGCCAAUGGUGAGCUGCGUGCAGAAGAAACGGCUCCAUCUACUGUUAUUGAGCUACGGGUAGAGGUGGCCGAUCAACCUACAGACAGCGAGGAGAGACACAAUCAGGUUAGUGUCCCUGUCUCCAACAUACUGGCCCAAGAGGAGGACGAAAGAGGGGCUGAUACACCUGCAAACCCAUCAGAGACACAGGAAGUUGAAGAAGAGAAUGCUGCGAAAGAAGCAGGAGAGGAUGAAAUGAGAAAUAAAGAAGACAAUCUCGAACCAGAGGCUAACUUGGAUGGGGAACAUGUGGAAACAGAAAGAGUUGAGAAUGACAUGAAGACUGAAAAGGAUUAUGGGAAGGACAUAGCACAUGUUGAUGAGAAAGAUGGAACUAAUGAUGCAGAUGAUCAACAGAUUGCAAUGGAGAAGAAUGAGAACGUAGAAAACGAAGCUGUGAAGACGUCAGAUGAAGGCAAAAUGAAUGAAGUCAGUGCACAGGCGGAAGAUUGCUCUCCUGAAGUUGGAAAGGAAACUGAGGUGGUUGAAACCACUGAAGCUUCUUCUGAGAAGAAUAAAGAUGAUGCUGAACAGCAAGAUGAAAGAAAGCAGAAAGAGAUGGAAACCAAACAAGAAGAGAAGUCAUUGGAAAAAGACACGAUGGAGACUGAUCCAUCUAAGGAAGAGGAAACCAAAGACGCCCCAGCACCCAUGGUAGAGGUGGAUUUAAACCGAAGCACCUCCACAGAGGAGUCCACAGAGGGUACAAACACAGAGUUACAAGCCGCAGCGAGCCAGCCAGAGCAAACAACAGAAGUGUGUCCUGUAGAGGCUUCUACGACAGAGAUUAAACCUGUUGCGAGCAUCGCGCAGGAUGCAGGAAGUAACCAAGACCCUUCCACAGCAGCGGUGACUGAGAGCUCUGCAACUAAAGCCAAAGAGAUUAAAAUCGCUAGACUGGAUGUGUCAAGCGUGGCCUCCGACACGGAGAGACUAGAACUGAAGCAGACCUCCACAACUAACGUGAGCCCAAAUCAGGCACCUGUCUCAGAUUCAUCAGGCCAGGGCAACGAGGGCUCGUCUUCAGGACGCUCCACCAUGUUCCGUAUUCCAGAGUUUAAGUGGUCACACAUGCACCAGCGUCUUCUGACCGACCUCCUUUUCUCCAUUGAGACAGAUGUACAGAUGUGGAGAAGUCAUUCCACUAAGACGGUAAUGGAUUUCGUGAACAGCAGUGAGAAUGUGGUGUUUGUGCACAACACCGUUCAUCUGGUCUCUCAAGUGGUGGAUAAUCUGAUCAUGGCCUGUGGAGGAAUCCUUCCACUACUUUCUGCAGCCACAUCCUCUACGCAUGAGCUGGAGAACAUUGAGCCGUCUCAGGGUUUGGCUGUGGAGGCUUCACUGAUGUUUAUGCAGAGGUUGACCAAUCUCGUGGACGUACUGAUCUUUGCCAGCUCGCUCAACUUCGCUGAGAUCGAGGCGGAGAAGAACAUGUCCUCUGGAGGCAUCUUAAGACAAUGUCUACGCUUGGUGUGCGCGAUGGCUGUGAGAAACUGUCUGGAAUGUCAGCAGCACACUCUGGGUAUGUCUGGUGCAGAGAGCAGCCGUGGACAGCAAAGCCUUCUGGGAGCCGCCAAGUCUAUACCAGCACAGAGUCCUGUGGACAUCAUCACAGGAGGGAUGUCUCCUAUCAGAGAUUUAGACCGGCUCCUACAGGACAUGGACAUCAAUCGUCUUCGUGCUGUUGUGUUCAGAGACAUAGAGGACAGUAAACAAGCUCAGUUCCUGGCACUGGCUGUUGUCUACUUCAUCUCUGUGCUCAUGGUGUCCAAAUAUCGUGACAUCUUGGAGCCGCACAAUGACAAGAAACACGUGGAACGAACACACUCUAACAGAAGCACAGAAAGUGUUCAGUCUGAUCUCGAGAACGGUCUGUCUCCCUGCCGACAAGAUUCAAGCAUCAAGAAAGACAAGACCUCCAUCACCCCUAGUGAUGGCGAGACACAAGCCGGGCCGGACGCUGUUUCCGAGGCCCUGUCCACCUUGUCCUCUGAGGUCAGAAAGGGUCAAGAGGUCGCAGAAAAAGACAGCAAAGGGAAGAAUGUGAAUGUCAAGGAUAUUUUGAGAAGCCUCGUCAGUGCGCCGUCUGAUGACAUCAUGGUGGAUCUCAGCCUCUUACCGCCAACGUUUUUGGGUGCUGCGGGUGACGUCACCCGUGAUCAGUCCGUCCAGUUCCACUCUUUCGACAGGAGUGUUGUGGUGGCACCCAAAACAAUGGGCAGGACUCUCUCACCAGAAGCAAGCACAGUCUCCGCCUCUGCAUCCAUCCCAUCAGCCUCUGCUACCUCUUCUGCAUCAUCAGGUGGAACACCAGACAACAGUGUGUCAGUGGUGUCCUCAGGUGAAGCUGUUCCGAGCACAGAGUCUGCCACAGGAGGAACCUCCACCAGCACCAACCUGCCAUCUGUCCCUGCCUUAUCCCCAAUGACCCAGAGCUCCGCCCCCAGCAUGAGUAUCUCCGAGAGAUUGGAGCACGCUCUGGAGAAGGCCGCUCCUUUACUCCGAGAGAUUUUCGUGGAUUUUGCACCGUUCCUCUCUCGCACACUGUUGGGCAGUCAUGGGCAAGAGCUUCUCAUCGAGGGCACGAGUCUGGUGUGUAUGAAGUCCAGCAGUUCUGUGGUUGAACUGGUCAUGCUGUUGUGCUCUCAGGAGUGGCAGAAUUCCAUCCAGAAGAACGCGGGCUUGGCUUUCAUCGAGCUCGUGAACGAGGGCAGGCUGCUGAGCCACACCAUGAAGGACCAUCUGGUGCGUGUCGCUAAUGAGGCCGAGUUUAUUCUGAGCCGCCAGAGAGCAGAGGACAUCCACAAACACGCCGAGUUUGAGUCUCAUUGUGCUCAGUACGCCGCUGAGAAACGCGAUGAGGAGAAGAUGUGCGAUCACCUCAUCAGGGCUGCCAAGUACCGAGAUCACGUCACGUCCACCCAGCUCAUCCAGAAGAUCGUCAACAUCCUGACAGACAAGCAUGGCGCCUGGGGCAGCGCCGCCAUCAGCAGACCGCUGGAGUUCUGGCGCCUGGACUACUGGGAGGAUGACCUGAGGAGACGUCGACGCUUCAUCAGGAACCCGUUCGGGUCCUCACACUCUGGGGCUACGCUCAAGGCUGCAGCAGAGCAUGCUCCAGAAGAAGACGUGCUGAAAGGCAAACAGUCCAUCAGGAGUUCAGUGCUGGGGAAUCAGAACUCAGAGACUGAGCUGCUCCUGGAGGACGACGACACACUCUCAUCGCUCGACGACAAAGAGCUGGAGAACCUCACAGGGCCUGUUAACCUGAGCACCAGCGCACAACUGGUUGCGCCCGCUGUGGUGGUAAAAGGCACGCUGUCUAUCACUGCCCUGGAGUUAUACUUUGAAGUGGACGAGGAAGACCCAAGCUUUAAGAACAUUGAUCCCAAGAUCCUGGCCUACACAGAGGGUCUGCAUGGAAAAUGGCUGUUCACCGAGAUCAGAGCGGUUUUCUCACGCCGGUAUCUGCUGCAGAACACCGCGCUGGAGAUCUUCAUGGCCAACAGAACGGCAGUCAUGUUCAACUUCCCAGAAGCAGCCAUAGUAAAGAAGGUGGUGCACAGUCUCCCCAGAGUUGGAGUUGGCACCAAUUUCGGCCUUCCCCAAACCAGACGGAUUUCUCUGGCCAGCCCUAAACAACUGUACAAGGCGUCUAGCAUGACCCAGCGCUGGCAGAGACGAGAGAUCUCCAACUUUGAAUACCUCAUGUUCCUCAACACCAUCUCUGGUCGUACAUUUAAUGAUCUGAACCAGUAUCCUGUUUUCCCUUGGGUAAUAACCAACUACGAAAGCGAAGAUCUGGACCUCACCCUGCCUAGCAACUACAGAGACCUGUCCAAGCCUAUCGGUGCACUCAACCCAAAGAGGGCUGCGUUCUUUUCGGAACGCUAUGAAACUUGGGAGGAUGAGCAGGUUCCCAAAUUCCACUACGGCACACAUUAUUCCACCUCCAGCUUCACUCAGAUGUGGCUGCUUAGGAUGGAGCCUUUCACCACAUUCUUCCUCAAUUUCCAAGGUGGAAAAUUCGAUCACGCUGAUCGUACUUUCUCCUCUGUGGCUAGAGCCUGGAGAAACUGCCAGAGGGACACAUCUGACGUGAAGGAGUUGAUCCCUGAGUUCUUUUACCUCCCAGAGAUGUUUGUCAACUCCAAUAAUUAUAAUCUGGGAGUGAUGGAUGAUGGGACGGUGGUGUCAGAUGUGGAGCUUCCGCCGUGGGCCAAGAGUCCUGAGGAGUUCGUGCGCUACAACCGACUUGCUUUGGAGAGCGAGUUUGUUUCCUGUCAGCUGCAUCAGUGGAUUGAUCUGAUAUUUGGCUACAAGCAGCAAGGACCUGAGGCCGUCAGAUCUCUUAAUGUCUUCUAUUACUUGACUUAUGAAGGAGCAGUCAACCUCAGCUCCAUAUCUGAACCCAUGAUCAGAGAGGCAGUGGAGUCUCAAAUCAGAAGUUUCGGACAGACGCCCUGCCAGCUGCUAAUCGAGCCCCACCCCCCACGCAGCUCUGCCAUGCAAGUGUAUCUCCUUCUGCAGACCCCACUGAUGUUCACAGAGCAGAUGCAGCAGGACGUCAUCAUGGUGCUGAAGUUCCCAUCCAACUCGCCCGUCACACAUGUGGCCGCCAACACGCAGCCAGGCCUCACAAACCCGUCCGUCAUUACAGUCACCGGCAACCGCCUCUUCGCUGUAAACAAGUGGCACGGCCUCACUGGUCACCAAGGCUCCUCUGUCCAGGACCAGCAGUACCAGUUACCGUUGGAGAUUGAUCCUCUGAUAGCCAAUAAUGUGGGCAUUCACAGGAGGCAGAUUUCAGAUCUGUUAGAUCAGAGUAUCCAGAUAAACGCACAGUGUUUCGUCAUCACGGCUGACAACCGCUUCAUCCUGCUGUGUGGCUUCUGGGACCAGAGCUUCCGCAUCUACUCCACUGAUACAGGUAAACUGACCCAAAUUGUGUUUGGCCACCUUGAUGUCGUCACCUGUCUGGCCCGCUCCGAAUCGUACAUCGGCGGAGACUGUUACAUGCUCUCUGGCUCCAGAGACGCCACACUUCUUCUCUGGUACUGGAAUGGCAAGAACAGCAGCAUCGGAGAAAACCCUGGAACAGAGUUUGUGACUCCUCGAGCGAUCCUGACGGGUCAUGACUGUGAGGUGACGUGUGCGAGCGUGUGUGCAGAGCUUGGACUGGUCAUCAGUGGCUGCAGAGAGGGUCCGUGUCUCAUCCACUCCAUGAACGGUGAUCUGCUGAGGACUCUGGAAGGCCCCGACGGCUGUGUGCUGCCUCGUCUGGUUCUGGCUUCUACUGAGGGUCACUGCGUCAUUUAUUACGACAAGGGCCACUUCUGUGUGUUUAGCAUCAAUGGAAAACUCUUGGGACACAUGGAAGUGGAAGACAACAUCAAGGCGAUGUUGCUGAGUAAAGAUGGACAGUAUCUGCUAUCUGGAGGCGAUGGAGGAGUUCUCACUGUUUGGCAGAUUCAUGAUCUCAAGAAACUCUUCACGUACCCAGGAUGUGAUGCGGGAAUACGCUCCAUGGCUAUGUCACAUGACCAAAGAUGCAUCAUCAGCGGUAUGGCGUCUGGUAGCAUUGUCCUCUUCUACAAUGACUUCAACAGAUGGCACCAUGAAUACCAAACUAGAUACUGACCCAAGUGACGCCACAGAGGGAUCCCAGCAACAACGACAAUGAAUAGGCAGAACCAGCCUGCCACUGUUCAGAAAGGCACUACCAAUAGUCAUGAAUGUAUUCUAAAUAUUUAAAGAAGCAAAACUAUUUUUUCAAGAUGGUUGAUUGCUAUAUUUUGUAGAUCUUAUGGAAUUUCCUAUUAUAUGAAUUUAAGGGAGGGGUUAUAUAGCUAAUAUUUGAAAAUAAAAAUCUAUUUUCAGCUCAACUCUAGAGUGGUCAAUAGUUUUCUUGGAUAGAAUUGAUUUUUGGUUUUCAUUUGGAUGGGUGAUUGAUUUUGUUUUGUUUGCUGUGAUUGUUUUGACAGAAUGCCGCUAAACAUUGUUUUGUAGUUUCACUAGGCUAUCAGGAAGCUGUCUGCCAUUUUGGAAAGAAUCAAGUUACUUGGAUCGAUAGAACUGUUCUUUUUAUUCAAUUAUAUUUAUAAUAGAUUGAAUUCGAUUUUUACACACAUAUCGAGGCGUCUGCUUUAAAUGUUUGCUAUGAACGGAAAUGUGACUUUGAUGGUGAGAGCAUUUCUUAAGUUUUUCAUUUGUUGAUGGUUAAAGGUUGACCUUUUAUGUGAGCAUGUAAUGAUGACACUCUGUAAACUGAAGGGGCAGAAUCUACAUUUAAAGCUGGAGUAAUUUAGUUAUGAUGUUAAGUAAUCUCGGUGUGAAAAUUGAUUUGGGGUGUGUAUCAUCUUAUCUUUGUUUGUUUAUAAGCAUUCGCUUUUUUUUCUUUCUGUGAGUAAAAGAUACAGUCAUUUAAUUCAAGUGUCAUCAGUAAGCAUUUUUCACAGAUAUGCUUUUACCCUUAAGUGUAUGUAGAGAUUAUUGUAUUGUAUUGUAUACUGGGGAUUUAAGCUGAGGUCAAAGUGAAGCGUAAAAGAUGUCUACAAAAUUCCACUAUAUACAGUAUGAUUCAUACAGUAAUACUAUCGGCUCGAAGUCUACACUCAGGGCCGGCAAGGGUUUGUGAAGUUUUCGUUCAAGUUAACCACCAUGUGAUUCUCACGCUGACAAAAAACUUGUUUCUUUGUUUUAAUAGUUGUUGUCAUUAUUGUUACAUCAUGUUAUUUCUGAAAUCUGUUUGGAAUGAGCGUCUCAUGACGUGUGCAAUGAAUUCAAACAAUAAAAAGGCAUUUUGUA